GACCCUAACGACGAAUUUUCAAACGAUCAGAUCACUCUUUUGUGAUUGGUUAACUAAAAGUGAUAGAUUUGACAGGUGCCAAAUGUAAGUGCUCGCGUGAAAGUGAGACUCUCAACGGUCGUGAACAAGAGGUUUCUCGCUACUCGCUGCUUGGCAGGCGGCGAAUAAGAAAUAAAAACGACUAAAAAAUCAGCGAGGAAACCUAUGGACCUAGGAAAAUGGACCAUAACUCAACCAGUAAUUACGAAAACUACAAAGCACCGACUCGAGAAGUUGUUAUUCUCGUCUUUCUCAACAGCUUGGGUUGUAUUCUUGGAACUCCAGCCAACGCUCUUGUCAUUGUUGUAAUCUUCAGCAUGCGGUGCUUAAGAACAAGUAGAAACUACAUACUUGCUUCUCUGUCUGGUUCAGAUCUCAUAACUUGCGUUGUCUGGCAGCCUCUCUUGAUUGACAGUGUCCUAAAUGGACUCCGAGUUAACUUCUUGGUAUUAUUCUGUACCUUUUUUGCAAGCCUCUCAUCCUUGAAUAACUUGAUUUGUCUUACGAUGGAACGAUUCAUUGCCGUACAUUUUCCAUUUCGUUAUUUGAAUAGCCUAACUCGUCGACUAGUCGUAUUCAUUUGUUUCUUAGCGUACAGCAUUGCCUUCCUGCUUGCAAGCCUCAUUGCCACCAAGCACUUACCAUAUGAAGUCAUUUACGUUUAUAUCCUUAUCCUAACUUUACUCAUGAUGUUGUUCUACGCAAAUAUUUAUUGUACRGCUAUGAAGCAAGUGCGAAAGAUCCAAGCUAUGCAGAAGACACCCACCGAUGUUGAAAACUCCUCCAAGGUCAUCAAGGCAAAAUACACGACUACAUCCGUCGCGAUCGUUGUUGCCUUAUUCGUUCUAAGCUGGCUGCCCUAUCUUCUACUGCCAGCGAUUCCCAAACAGCAUUUUAGUCAAGCCUUUCCAUGGGUUAACACAUGCGCUAUUCUGCAGUCAAACAUCAACCCGUUCCUCUACUUCUGGAAGUUUGCUUCGUUUAGAAGAGAAUCCAGAAGGUGUUUGCAGAAGUUGCAGAACAGUAUGGGAAUACUCUAACAAGAACGUGCAGUCAUAGGUAAAGUGCAUUCCUCCAUCGAGAUGCAAACAAGAACCGUAGCAAAAGUCAACUCGACUAGACAUUUCACAUUAAACACGUACAUAGCUGUAUAAAAUGGGAGACGCCAAAAACUAAAACAAAGUUCAUUAAAUUGAAAAAACGCUAUCAAGGCCCGUAGCAGCCUCCGUUACAGACRUCCUGCGCAAGACGUCCUCCACAAGGGAGGGAUCCGAACCGAACUCCGCAGGACGUCUGCAACGGAGGCKAGGUCCGUAGCAAAAGCGGACAACAUGAGACAUUUCAGAUUAAAUAUGUACAUAGAUGUAUAAAGUGGGAGACGUCCUAAACUAAAACAAAGUUUAUUAAAUUGAAGAAAAAUAACGUGUUCAAGGCCCGUAGCAAAAGUCCUUACGAGACAUUUCACACUAAACACGUACAUAGCUGUAUAUAGACGGCGACGUCCUAAACUAGAAGCAGUUCAUUAACUUGAAAAAAACGUUCUUAAUACAAAAAAAUCAAUAAGUAGUAAUAGACCCCUUGCAGCACUUCGGUCUCCGGAAUUCAAAAUGCAACUCAAUUCUGAGGGCAAAAUAAUAGCUUAUUAUAAAGCAUGGGUGAUUUGCGCUGCRUGCUAAUGCGCCGCCUCGCACCAAUGCAUUGUGACACAAGUCUAGUCCUGUCAGGCUUGGAUGGUGUCGUAUGUGAGUAGAGUUGUUUGUUGGUUCUCUCCUGUGCCUCAAGGGUUUUUUUCUCCGGGUCCUUUGCUUUUCCUCCUUCCGCAACAGAAUCAACUCGUAAAUUCCAAUUCGAUCUGUUAUUGAAAGCUUUUAUGAGCCCCUGGCAAAGGAACUGAGCAUUCACCGCCUUGCAAACGACGUACAAUAAUAACAUUUACAUUUGCAAGWCGAUCGAGAAAAGACGGAAAGAAAACGAAACAAAAAAAUAAUGAUGACAAUCGAUGAGCACUCUUUGAUUCUAUUUUUAGAAUCUUUGAUACUA